GCACAAUAACAAUUGAACCACCAUACCUGAACCCAUCAGGAUGUUCUUCGCGGUGCUCGCCUCAUUGAUCGCUUUUAGCGCCGCUGGCGCGGUUCCCCAAAUCCCUGGGGACAACAGCGACUAUGUGGAGGGUGUAAGCCGCUACAUAUGGAUGGCUGAUGGGGACGGUAUGCCUCAUCUAGUCGAUUUGGAAGAGCCAGUUGACCAAUCUGUUCUUAACAGCAGGAAUGGAGCCAACAAUCAGUAUUGGCUUUUCACCAGGCAAAACCGCAACAACCCCCAGGUUCUUGUGAAUGGAAACAUCAACUCAGUUUGGAACUCCAACUACGUUGCCAGCCGCCCCACCAAAGUCAUCGUCCACGGCUGGAACAGCAAUGGCUACUCUGCCAUCAACCCCACCAUCAGAAACGCCUUCCUUGAUGUUCAGGACUGCAACGUCAUCGUUGUGGACUGGCGCAGUUUGGCUAACUCCAACUACGUUACCGCUGUCGUCGGUGUGCCCGGCGUUGGCCAGUUCUUGGGCAACUUCUUGAUCUGGCUGUUCAACAAUGCUGGUGGCAACUGGAACAACUUGCAUCUGGUCGGUUUCAGCUUGGGCGCUCACAUCGUCGGCAGCGCUGGUCGUCAAGCUGGUGGUCGCCCAAGACGUGUAACUGGUUUGGACCCAGCUGGCCCUCUAUGGGGUGGCAACUCAAACGCCCUAAGCCCUUCAGCCGGUGUUUUCGUUGAGGCUAUCCAUACCGACGGCGGAUUGCUGGGUAUCUUCGACCGUGUUGCCGAUGUUGACUACUACCCCAACGGUGGCAGAAACCCUCAGCCUGGCUGCUUUAUCAGCACCUGCUCUCACAGCCGCGCCUACCAGUUCUUCGCCGCUACUAUCCGCUACAAUCACUUGGCUGGACGUCAAUGCUCCAACUUGAACCAGGCUUCCAACAACCAGUGCGCUGGUGCCGUCCUCAAUAUGGGCAACUCCAUCUUAACAAAAUCUGGAAGCGGUAUCUUCAGAGUGAACACUGUCUCUAACUAUCCUUUUUAAAUGGACUAGCUGUAAAAUAAACGAAUCUUAAAAAUAAA